AUGUGGAAAAAGUUCGAAGUUAAAACAAUCGUGAUUUCUUUAAUUUCUUUUUCUCCUUCAAUGUCUCCGGAUCAAAUGGUUUCAUCUAUUAUUUGCGCACCAUCUUUUAAAAUUGAUAAUUACACUCCUACAAUUCAAUAUAUAAAGCAACAAAUAGAUUUAACAAAAAGGAAAAUGUACGGUACAUUACCAAAAAGCAUCAAAGAAUUGACUUUUCAAGGGAUAUAUUCCAAAACUGUUUCUGGAUCACAAUUUGUUCAAGACAAAAUAAUAUACAAGGAUGAAAAUGGUGAUGACCGUACAAUGUUUAUGUUUUUUUCUUUACUUCAACUUGAAAUUCUAAAAAACAACCAGGCCGUUUUGGGAGAUGGAACUUUUCAAUGUGUACCUUUAAUGUUUUCACAAUUAUACACACUCCAUUUUGUUAUGAUGGAUUUGUUUUUCCGUGUUGUUUUGUUUUAA